AUGAAUCUUCCAGGUUUUCCAUCUGUCGGAAAGUCGACGCUUUUGUCGAAUUUGGCAGGAGUUUACUCAGAAGUCGCCGCCUAUGAGUUUACGACUCUCACUACGGUUCCUGGCGUUAUUCGUUAUAAGGUAUCUUUCGAAUGAAAAUUUUUUUGGAAAACUGACGCCAUGAAUCAAGUUUAACUUUGCAUAAUCUGAGAGAAAAAAAAACUGCUUUCGAACUCCUUUGCUCUUCUUGCAGGGUGCGAAAAUUCAACUCCUCGAUUUGCCUGGAAUCAUCGAAGGAGCCAAAGACGGCAAAGGUCGUGGUAAACAGGUUAUCGCAGGUUGGUUUUUCUUUGCAAGAAAACCUUUCUUCUGAUCCGAAGUCAGAUUUUAAAGGCUCAAAAGUAUUCGCCCAACUAGUUCUUAAAUAUUGUCAAGAAUUGUGAGCAAAAAGUGAAGAAAAAAGUUUUUUCCCGAGGAAGUUUUAACAAAUGCGAGUCAGCACGGCAGGACAAGUUGAAAUGAUAUCCUGUCCCUUGAGGUUUCGUUUUCUCCUCCCUUUGUGUUGUUUUUCGACGUCCUUUCUUCAAAUUCUCUGGUCUCAUAAACUCAUAAAUUCACACGAAAAAUAAAUUUGAUCAUAUAUGGGCAAAGCAAAAACUGACAAGCCGCAGAGGGAAAACGACAAGAAUCUUGACAAAUGGAAUGGUUGGAAAACCUAAAAACGAUUUCUUUUAAGGAAAACUCUUGAGAAAUAAGACGAAACAGCUAAUUAGGGUAUUGAUAGUAUAAGUCACUUUUCUUCUUCUUAUUUUGGAUAUGUCGGUGGUCUUUCUAAAUCUCUUCUAAAGGGCUAGGUGAAUAUUCACGAUGAUAGGUAUCUAGGUCCACUUUCAGAGAUAUCUUCACUUUAAAACUGCGAAUAAAUUUUCGACCGAUUAAGAUUUUGGGAGUAUAAUUCUUAGAUGAUGUAAUUUCUCAAAAGCUUAUGAGCAAUUUUAGGAAUGUUAAGAAAAAUGUUUAUAGUCAAACUUUCUUAUGCAAAGUUUCGACAAAAAAGACGAUUCUCAGUGGCGCGAACAUGCUCGCUGAUCCUAAUGGUGUUGGACGUGAUGAAGCCGCUGCAGCACAAAAAGCUACUCGAGUACGAGUUGGAAGGUUUCGGCAUCCGGCUGAACAAGCAGCCGCCGAACAUCGGCUUCCGACGCAAGGAGAAGGGUGGAAUCAACCUGACCAUGCUGGUCCGUCCGCCAUAUUCUUCAGAAGCAUUGACUCCUCUCACAGGUGCCACAAACGGAGCUGGACUUGGACCUCGUGAAGAGCAUCCUCGCCGAGUACAAAAUCCACAACGCCGACAUCACUUUGCGGUACGACGCCACAUCAGAAGAUUUGAUUGACGUCAUCGAGGGAAAUCGGGUCUACAUUCCCUGUAUCUACGUCCUCAACAAGGUACGCUUCCAUUUCCUUUUCAACUUUUUUGCCGUUCGAACUCAGAUCGAUCAAAUCUCAAUCGAAGAGCUCGACAUCAUCUACCGUAUCCCUCAUACGGUUCCCAUUUCCGCACAUCACAAGUGGAACUUUGACGACCUUUUAGAGAAGAUCUGGCAAUACCUUAACCUCAUCAGAACGUAAGGAUUAGGGUGUUAAGAGGUUUACGUGAAUUCCUCAGGUACACGAAACCGAAGGGACAGUUGCCCGACUAUUCGGCGCCGAUCGUUUUGAACGCCGAGAAGAAUACUGUAGAUGACCUUUGCAUGAAGAUCCACAAGUCCUUGCAGAAAGAUUUCAAAUGGUUUAGUUCGGAAUAGACAUUAUGAUUUCGAAAUUUGUAUUGAAAAAUAGGGAAAAACGAUGCAGAGUUUUCGAGAAAAAAACCAUUUUGGAUUUUGCUUCUUGAAUAUGCAUUGAGUGUCAACGCGAAAGCAAGAAGGAAUAAAUUUAACCAUUUUGACACUCUUCAGAAGACGUCAAGGUGACGUCACUUUGAUCUACUUGAGACUUUUUCAUGGACUUGUUUUGUUUUAUAAAAAAAAUUCUGAAACCAAAUUUUUUUGACAUUUUUCCAAAAGAAGUAAAACCAUUUGUUGAAACUCAGUUGAUCAGUUUUCUUGGUCAAUAAGACGGACCAGGGCUUUUUCAAGAAUGGCAUCGGCGUUUCCUUUUCAGAUUUUUAAACGAAAUUUUUGAAAACUUCCUUCUGUCAUGAUGAUUUUUGUUUCAGCGCACUUGUUUGGGGAUCUUCGGCCAAACACAAUCCGCAACGCGUCGGCAAAGACCAUAUUCUCAACGACGAAGACGUCGUCCAAGUCAUCAAAAAGUUGACCAAUCUCUUUCUUUUUUUUCUAAUAAUCUCUUUUUCAGGGUCUAA